UCUUAACAGAGAAAUAUAAUAAUACUUUAAGUAAUUGAUUCGCAUAAACAAUUAUGAAGUGCAAAAUACCCGAAAUCUCUUGGCAUAAUCGCGAUCCAGUGCUAAGCGUAGACAUACAGUACAAUGGUGUGGGCCUACCUUCAUCCACAAUGUGUCGGUUGGCAUCAGGAGGAACCGAUUCACAUGUUCUCAUUUGGUAUCUUUGCGGUGGAGAGGCCAUUGAACUGGAACUGGCGGCAGAUCUGGCGAGGCAUCAGCGGGCUGUCAAUACGGUGCGCUGGUCACCCAACGGCAAACUGUUGGCCUCCGGCGACGAUGAAAGUGUUGUCUUCAUAUGGAAACAAAAAGCGGAUCACGAAGUGGUCAACAUUGUGGAUGCGGGCGUGAAUAGCGAACAGGAUCGCGAAGUGUGGUUGACACUGAAAGUGUUGCGUGGCCAUCGAGAGGAUGUAUACGAUUUGAGCUGGGCGCCCAAUUCGCAAUUUCUGAUCACCGGCUCCGUGGAUAAUACGGCCAUGUUGUGGGAUGUCCACAAGGGCAAAUCCCUGGCCAUAUUGGAUGAUCACAAGAGCUAUGUACAGGGCGUGGCUUGGGAUCCGUGCAAUCAAUAUGUUGCCACAAUGAGUACGGACAGGCAUUUGCGCAUUUUUGAUGUCAACACAAGACGCGUGCUGCAUCGAGUCAGCAAAUGCACGCUGCCUGUGAAGGAGGGACAUGAGCUGCAUGGGCGAAGCGUGCGCCUGUAUCACGACGGCACGCUGCAAACGUUCUUUCGGCGGCUGUGUUUUACGCCCGAUGGCAAACUGCUGUUGACGCCCGCCGGCGUCACGGACUACGAUGGCGUGAUAAAGCCGACGAAUACCACGUAUGGGUACAGUCGCUACGAUCUGAGUCAGCCGGCUUUUGUGCUGCCCUGUCCGAAUGAAUAUACCGUGGCGGUGCGCUGUUCACCCGUGCUGUACUGUCUGCGACCGUACAAUGCGGAUAAGAAUCCGCCAAUUAUAACGCUGCCAUAUCGCAUGAUCUAUGCGGUGGCCACCAAGAAUUCGGUGUUCCUCUACGACACACAGCAACCGGUGCCAUUUGCAAUUGUGUCCAACAUACACUACACACGUCUCACCGAUUUGGCCUGGUCCAAUGAUGGCAAUGUACUGAUCGUGUCCAGCACCGAUGGUUUCUGCUCGCUUCUUACGUUUUCGGAAAACGAGCUGGGCGAGCGCUAUGAGGAAAUGGAUGCAGUGCUGUGCGCUGCAGCCAAAACAUCAGAGAAUGCGCCGCAACGCCAUCGCAAAAUCAAGCGCAAAAGGAGACAAAAACCAUCGAUGGAUGAAUCUGUCACACGGCAACCGCUGCUGGAAAAAACUAAGGCGAACAUCGAGAAGGAAAUCAAAACCAGCGGAGACAGCAAGUUAGAUGGGUGUAAGCAGAAAGGAGAAAUUGACCUGGAUGCAGAUAAUGAUUCCUCGCUGCAUAGCAGCAGCUCGACUGAGUCAUCAGGCAGCCCCAAACCUGUACCCAAAGCGGACAUCAAACCCACGCCCAUUGCCUUCCGGCGCUCGCCGCGCAAAGUUACGGAGCCCACGCCCAUUGCAAUUCGUCGUAAAGUCACAGCUGACACCCCCACAGAAACGCCCACUGUCAUUUCAAUAGAACCAACUGUGAAGCGCAAGGCAAGCGUGGAACUGGAGCCGGUGCAGAUUGUGACAAAGCCAGCAAUUGGUGUGCUCGACAAGCAGAUCAUAAGCUCGGAGGAAAAGUUCGAGUCACCGGAAAAGAAGUGCAGACCGGCCACGCCCAUCCAGGUGCGCAGGCUGCCGCGUACGCCGGGCAGCAGCAAUAGCAACACUCCCAAAUCAUUGCCCGCCAAACAUGCCACGCCCAUUGCGGUGCGGCGUACGCCUCGCGUGCUCACCGCUGUACCCAGUGUCGUUAGUGCGCCUGUUGUCGUUGAGGAGGCCAUGGACGCGUGGCCGCUGGUGGAUGGCAUAAGUCCGCUGUCGGCGGACAAAUCUCCCUUCGAGCUGUUGAAUGAGACAAAAAAGGCGCAGGACUCGCAGCUGGCCAUCAAUGAGGCAACUUUCGAGCGCACCGAAGACAUGCGACUUAUCUACGAGGAUACACAAGAGGAUGCCGGCACGCCGGUCAAGGCAACAGCACCCACAACAGCACCGUCUGCAGCAGCAGCAGCAACAGUUGCACCUAUAUCUGCCCCUGCACCUUCAGUUGAUGCCUCAUCGAAACCUACCACGCCCAACGCCAAGGCGCCACGACGCGUCUCAUUGCGCACGAUUUCCACGCCCAAAUCCAAAAAGAAACUGUUAGAGUAGCUUCGCCCUUAGCUAAUACUACGAGUACGACCAAUUUGGCCUAAGCCUUAACAGAUUUAUAUUAUUAUGAUUAUAUUUAAAUAAAACAGAUAC